CCCGACCCGGACUCCAUGUUGUUCCGUCAGCCUCGGAGCGAACAAGUGCCCUGGCCGAAAACUCUCACGUUGCAACUCAGUGUGCGCGAGAAGUAAAGUGUGUGAGUGUGUUGACCCUCCGAAAGAAGAUGGCAGACUACCGGGACGACACCGGAGCUCGAGCCCUGCUUGCGUUACAGUCGGCGCCCUGCAGCCCCGUGCGCGUCGCGGUGACCUCGCACGCGUAUCACCAGCCGUCGCUCGCCCUCCUGGGCCCUCCGAUGAUGGAAGCCCGCACCGACGCCGGGAUCCUUCCUGUGCGGCUUGCCUCUUCUCCAUCGAAGGCCCUGGCCAGGCUGGAGGGCCGGGACUUUGAGUUUGUCAUGCGCCAGAGGACGGUCACCAUAGGCCGGAACUCGUCUCACGGCUCCGUGGACAUCAACAUGGGCCACUCGAGCUUCAUUUCGCGGCGACACCUGCAGAUCACCUACGACGAGGCGAGCGGUUUCUCCCUCCGAUGCCUAGGCAAGAACGGCGUGUUCGUGGAUGGGGUGUUCCAGCGCAGGGGGGCGCCGCCGCUGCCAUUACCCAGAGAGUGUGUGUUUCGUUUUCCCAGCACAGUAAUUAAGAUCCAGUUCAUGUCACUCCUGGAGGUAGUGGAGCACAGAGAGAAGGAGCAGCCCUCUCUUCCCCCUCGCCAGCUCCUGCCACACAUUUCCCCUCUUAAAAUCAGCAUUCCUACAGUGCAGCAGCAUGAAGAGCACAUCAGGGCGUUUGGCUCGCCGCUGCCGUCGCCCACAGGCACCAUCAGUGUUCCCAACUCCUGUCCAGCCAGUCCACGAGGGGCGGGCUCAUCAGGGUACCGCUAUGGACGCAACGUGACCUCCGACCUCCAGCUAGCAGCUGAAUACGCUGCGAAGGCUGUUUCUGAACAGAGGCGAAGUGUUGCUGAGCAGAGAAGCGGGGGAAGUGAGCAUCGGGGGGAGUCAGCUGGUGGAGACAGCCCCAAGGAUGAGUCCAAACCGCCGUAUUCCUAUGCACAGCUGAUCGUCCAGGCCAUCUCUUCGGCUCCAGACAAGCAGCUGACUCUCAGCGGCAUCUACGCCCACAUCACCAAACACUACCCCUACUAUCGCACUGCAGACAAGGGCUGGCAGAACUCCAUCAGACACAAUCUGUCUCUGAACCGCUACUUCCUGAAAGUGGCCCGCUCUCAGGAUGAGCCUGGGAAGGGGAGUUUUUGGCGCGUGGAUUCCGCCUCAGAGACCAAGCUGGUGGAGCAGGCCUUCAGGAAACGACGGCAAAGAGGGGUCGCUUGCUUUAGGACGCCAUUUGGACCUCUGUCUUCAAGGAGCGCCCCUGCAUCCCCGACCCACCAGGGACUUCUUUCUCCUCCAUCCAGCGGGCUGCAGACCCCUGAAUGUCUGAGCAGAGAAGGCUCUCCGAUCCCCCACGACCACCACGAGCAGCUGGCUAGCAAACUGGCAUCUGUACCUGAGUACAGGUAUUCUCAGAGCGCCCCAGGCUCCCCAGUUAGCGCUCAGCCGGUUGUCAUGGCUGCUCCCUCUCACCCGACAGUCCUACCCUCCGGCCCGGGGAAAGCCCUUGCUUUAGUUCCAGGUGGCAGCAGCCAAGUCCAGCCCAUCCAUGUGCUCCAAACCCCCCCUCAGUCCUCUGUCACCAUGGUGAGGGUGGUCACUAGCACCACUCCAAAUGGAUACAGCACCCCCACUGGUGGAGGAGUAGAGGGCAACAGUGAUUUGAGAGAAGCCCAGCUGAACAGAGACCGAGUGAUCCAGACUGUGGACAGUGUGGUGCAGGGUGGGGAAGGACGUAACCUGACGCCAGGUUUACAUCAACUUCCUGUCCGCCCCGUCACCCAGAAUGGCAAACACACCACUGCUGCUGUUGCCAUGGCGACCAGCAUUACAAAUGCAUCUGGCCUGAGUAGUCCUCUCCAGAUGUUGGCUGCCCAGGCGUCCAGCUCCCCUCCAGUGCUGGUGAGCAGACAGCCCAGUGCAGAAGCUUUAGCUGGGCCGGCCGGUGAGCCUCAGGCCAAGCGGCCCAAGAUGGAGGACGAGGGUGGGACCGAGUCUGCUCAGCAUCCAGUCGCGCCCGCCCAGCAGCCUGUCAUUGUUGCCAUGACAUCACAAACCCACGACCUUCGGCAGUAGAACCCAGGUACCCGACGGACGGCCUCUUUCUAUCACCCACUUAACGUUUCGCCUUUUAUACUCAUUUGAUAUGACUGUAGCCGACACAGCCAAAAAAAAUGUACACGCAGUCUGUCAGAGGGGAAUGAAAUCAUCAGGAACACACAUUUUGGUCAAAAGUAGAUUCAAACUUUUGAAUUUAAAAGGAAAGUAGGCAAGUCUUUUCUUGUAUUCCAUUGUUCACAGACGAUGCAGGAAAGUACGGACACCAAGCUCAUUGAAACUGUUUCAGCACUAUUCUUAGGAAUGUUGGACGAGGUCUCAGAUACAACCGUAAAUCAUCACUUUCAGGCCAAAGAACUCACCUCUCCCACACUUCUGAUCAGAGUCGCUGCCUGAUUUCAAGCCACAGAGUGUGUGUUCAGAAGAAGCUGUGAUAAUAAAAGCUGGUGUGUUGUGCACUUGUAAUCAGAAAGGCGGAGAGGACUUAGCUGCAUAGACCCCGACCAAGUAGACGAGGCCUGGGUGACUGUUCACAAUGUGAUUGUACUCUUCAUAAAGCUAUCUUUGGAGAAUAAAGCGAGACAGAAGAAAUCAAACAGGCUGACUGAUGCUAGUAUUUAGGCCAAGACCAGAAUGUGAGACGUCUCUCCUCAUUAAAGCACAAAGAGAGAGGCUUUGGCUUCACCUCGACUCUGUUUUUCAGGAUGAUGUGGGUGAUCGGGCGCAAAAAAGAAAAGAGGCAAUUAUUUGGAGUUGGUUGAAGUGGAGCUAACCUAAUGUAGACAAACUGAUUGUUGUUUUAAUUUUUUUCCUUUUCUUGUUUCAGUAGUGGUAAAAGGAGGAAUGGAACAGCCUGUGCGUAGUUUUGUUUGUAUUAGCACAGAAAAAAAGCAUUAUUGUAAUAAUCCUUAAAGCCUUAAAUAUUUCUACAUGUUUUUUUUGUCAUUUUAUUUUAACCUUUAGACAGCUUUACCGUUUUAGAAUAACAUAGCGCUUUAACAGUACACGAUCAGCAACACUACAGUUUUAUCAGGGGAAGGGUGGGACCAACACACGACCACAAAAUCUCAUCUGCUCUUUUUCUUUUGUUCUGUAAGGUACUUUUCGUUCUCUAUUCUUAGCUCUUUUUGCUUUCCCCCUAAAUUCAUUUACCUUUUUUUCCCUCCACCCUCCGUCUUUGCAGUCUCCACAGAGGCAUCAAGCUGUUGGCAAUUCCUGUCACAGACUCUGCCUUAGUAUGAUAUUCUCGAGCACUUUCUCCACCGCUCGAUUCUCCCAUUCUCCCAUUCUCACUCUGCCUUGAGCUUCUCUGAAUGUCCUCACACAGGCCUCACUUGUAGCUGGCAAUCGGGCACAAGAUUUUCAGUGAUUGUUAUUGCACAUUACUAGAAAAGGUAAUAAAAAAAAGAUGCAGAAUAAUUGUAUGCUGCUCUAUCUGCUAAAUGACAAAGCUAUUUAGAAGGUAUUUUUUUCUUAUUUUGGAAUAAAAGAAAAAAUAUUUUGCUAUGUGUAAAAACAGCUGUCAUCAACGCGAAAACAUUGUGGAAAUAGAGAAGUAUAUGUAUUUUUAAAUGUUCCUGUUUUUGUGAUUUGUUAAAACGUGUAGCACAAAUUAAAAUUCCUCACUGACUUAAA